UUAAGAGACGGUCAGCUCUGAAGGGUUAAUUUGAGUCGGACAUGAUGACACUGAAAUAGCUUGAUGAAUUAGCCUAGCUGUGCUUUAGUCCUUUUCGCCGAUUUUUUUUUGUCAGUCUUGUUUCCACAGGUGAGUGUAAUGCCUCCGUAGCCUUAGGUGUAAGCACGAGCUCGUCGGCAACACAGAAAUGUGAAGCUCACGCGCCUGUACUGCGUCGCACUGUGCCGUCCUCAGCGCACUGCGUCAUGGCGACAGCGGAGACAAAGUUACGCAUUUCCUAGCCGGAGUUUAUGGAAUAUCACUCCGGCAGCCAGAAGACACAUGUUGUUUGUCAAGUACCUGAAGCCCUAGCCUCAAACAGAGGCGACACUGUUAACAUGGAGGAGCCAGCUCUGGUGGCCUUGCUGGAGUGUCCUCUGUGUUUCCAGCAGCUGGAUGUGUCAGCUAAGGUCCUGCCCUGCCAGCACACCUUCUGUAUGUCCUGCCUACAGAGUCAGGAGGCAGCCCACUCCAAGCUGCUCUGCCCAGAGUGUCGGGCUCCUGUCCCAGCCAAGACUGUGAACGAGCUUCCCACAAACCUCCUGCUGGUGCGGCUCUUGGAGGGUCUCCAGGGCUCACAGGGGCCCAGCAGGGGUGGACUCACUGCCCACCACACAGCGCCCUUGUCCAGAGGCGGUUUAACUGUGAGGGAGGGAAAACAGCAGGAGAGUCAACAUAGAGAGAAGCAAGGGCAGAAUGAGCUUGCCCUCAGAGAUCUGAUGCACAACCAGAGAGCUGAAUCAACCGGGGAGCCAAUCUACGUGUUCAGUAAUGGUAACACCCAGAAACAUAAAGUGGAUGAGAACUGGCACCAUCUCGGAAACUAUGCUGACAGUAGCGGUUUGUCUGUCACUGCCGGCACGCUGCAGGUUGUCAGCCAGAUCCCCCAGCUGCAGCCUCUCCAGCAGUCCCAACCUCUCUGCAGGGCGCUGUUCGACUUUAACCCCGGAGAGUUGAAUCAGGAAGACAGUAAAUAUUGUCUCAGCUUCCUCAAGGGGGACAUCCUGACUGUCAUCAGGCGGGCAGAUGAACACUGGAUUGAAGCCAAGCUAGGGGACAAAGUUGGAAUUUGCCCUUUGCAGUUUACAGAGCUCCUCUCUUAGCACCAGUCAACCCUCUCUGGCUUAGUGGCUGGAACUUAUGCUUCUGGCGUCCUGCUUCCCUGCUUGCCUGUCUAACAAGUUGUAGGGCCAAACUCUGUUGCUGCCAAGCUGCUGGAGGGAAAAUCUCAGAGGGGGAGUGAAUCAGCAGAAUUUCACCAUCGCACUGGGAGUGGGAGCAAAGAAAAGGCCACUGACAUUCCUAAUAGGACCACCCUUUACGGGGUCCCUCAAGUCCCAGCAAAGACCCCCUUCACCAAUGCUUUGCCACUCUCCAACCAGCGGAAACAGCCUGCAGCCAGCAGCGACAACUUUUAUCAGACCAGCAAAGGAGAGACGGCAAAAAUCAGCAACUUCAACAGCUUCAACCAUCAGGGUCAGUCGCAGCGUCUCUCUGUGCAUGCCGCAAACCGUGGCCUCUCUCACCCCUCCCGAGUGAACUCUCAGCGAAUUAGACGGCACUCUGAAACUACGCACCGACACCUGUUACAGAGUGAGAAGAAGAUGACCAGUGAGACCCCACCCACCAUCUCCAUGGCCCUGGUAAACCCCCAAACGUCCUCUGCCUCUGCAGACAGCAAAAACUCCUCCACACAGCAGCUCUCAAUCAGUGUGUGUGCCGUCCUGUACUCCUACAAACCACGACAGCCUGAGGAGCUGGAGCUUAGGAAAGGAGAGAUGGUGGGAGUGUACGGAAAGUUCAAAGAAGGCUGGCUGCGUGGGUUGUCACUCAGAACUGGCAAAGUAGGCAUCCUGCCCAGCAACUACAUCUCGCCUGUGCUCAGAACCUCGGCCAGACUCCUGGAGAACAAAGCUGCUAGUUCUUCCUCACAGUACAACACAGCAGCUGGAAAGAAACCCACAGCUGCCAAGAAUCCUGCUGUGGUCCUUGCUUUUGAUAGGGUCAACACAGGUGGAACGAUAUACUCAGCAGGACAGGUCCCAUCUGUGCCAAAUGGAGCACAGCAUGCAAUGCCAUCCACUGGUGCUGGAAAACCAUUCCUCUAUGGGGGCUCACAAGGUUGGGAGACGGUGAGGCGAAUCUUUAACCCUCAUAGAGGAUCCAACCAUUUCUCCCAAACAUCCAAUAUGAACGUCCCGUCCAACUCGCAACACUUUGCACAAGUUCAGGCGUCCGGCUACUCACCUGCCCUGCAAAGGAAGAAAAACAGCAGGCUCCUGUCCAAAUCCAGCAGACCACUGGGCUGGAUGACUGAGCCAGCAGCGCCCUCUGCUGCUCCAGGUUUUAAGGACAGGGACUUCAUUGCUUCACAUGAGGCUGCAUUUCAGUAUGACAGGCAUCCAUCCAACAGGCCUCAUUCAAUACUAGUCAGACCUGACUUACACAAGAACAAUACAGAAAAGCCUGCAAAGUCAGUGCGGUUCCAAGCAGAUGAAGACUCCCCUCCUCUAAGACUUCGAACCUCCUCCUGGUCAUCAGGAAGUCAGGUCCCCUCCAACGUCCGUCCUGGGCCCCCUCUGUUAGAGGUUUGGGCCCCAUCGCUCACCCUGGGAAGAGAUGGGCCAGGCAUCAUUCUCAAAGAAGGAAAGGUUCCUAUUUUUCGGCAAGGCCUUGAAACAACCAUGUCAGAUAUAAAUUCUAACCCACAGAAAUCAACACCCUUACAGCCGUCCCUAUCUGCUGUGUCAGCUCAGUUCAGCCCUAGCAGACACAGAGUGACCUCAACACAUUUUGCCCAGACAGACUCUGAGCUCAGUCUGCUUCUAGGGGAGUUGGUACUCGUCCACAGACCUCGACCUGAUGGACGGAUUCUGGUUACUCAGGAGAGCAGUGGGCAGACUGGCUUAUUCCACUGCAGUGUUCUUCAGGCCCUGGAGAGGCUCAGCUGACUGUGUAAUAAUGUUGUAGUACUGCUGUAUAUUUCUAUAUUCCAUAUGGUCAUACUGCCAAAUGACUUGACUGACCUGCUGAACAACAAGACGGUCCAGUGGUCCGGUAUAUAGAGGUCCAAAGGUUAAUACUACCAAAUGACAAUCUUAUGAAGGAGAUGUUUUUUUUUGUUCUGAGUGCAUAUGAGACAGUGAUUAAUUCUACAAAGAUAUAUUGUGUACUACCAACAUAUGUGCAUGUCUGUAACACAUGUACUACUAUGAGAUUUGCACAAAAACCCACCUAAUGACUGUUCCUUGUUGAAUACCCAUGUUACACACAUUGGAUAGUGCCUUUGUCAAAACCUACAAAGAAAACAAACUAUAUUUAAAUAUAUUCAGAGACAUUAUACAGUAAAAUAUCUGUACUGAUUACUUGGUAAUAAACUACUUCCAGAACAUUGGUA